AUGACCUCCGUUGCCCGCAUUUUUUCGCGUCGCUUCCACCUUUCCGCGCGCAGGCAUGCGCUCUCACAAUUUAACAUGCCUGCCAUGAGUCCUACAAUGACGGAAGGUGGAAUAGCUUCCUGGAAAAAGAAAGAGGGUGAAAGUUUCUCUGCAGGCGAUGUUCUUCUGGAAAUCGAAACUGACAAGGCGACCAUCGACGUGGAAGCUCAGGACGAUGGGAUAAUGGCCAAAAUUAUCGUGCCUGACGGAACGAAAAAUGUUAAGAUUGGUCAAACCAUUGCGAUCGUCGGAGAGGAGGGGGAUGACCUUUCGGCAGCUGCUGAUAUGGCGUCUAACGCCUCGUCUCAGCCCUCACAGGCAGACUCAAAACCCAAGGAAAAGGUUGACACACCUAAGCCGCAACCGGAGGCUCCGAAAUCCCAACCUCCGCAGCAAUUCAAGGAAGAUUCUAAGCCAGACUUGCCGAUAGGUGACCGUAUUUUCGCGUCGCCCAUCGCAAAGAAGAUUGCCCUCGAACGUGGUAUUCCUUUGAACAAGGUCAAAGGUUCAGGCCCAAACGGACGCAUCAUUCGCGAAGACGUCGAGAAAUACCAGUCCACUGCUAGUGCAACUUCUGCUGCCUCCCAGCCUGCAACUGCACCCACUGCCGAUUACAUCGACACCCCCGUUUCCAGUAUGAGAAAGACCAUUGGGUCCCGUUUAACGCAGUCGAAGCAGGAAGUCCCGCACUAUUAUGUCACUGUCGACAUUAAUAUGGACAAGAUCCUCAAGCUUCGGGAGGUGUUUAACAAAACACUCGCGGAAAAGAACCCCAGCGCAAAACUUAGUGUGAACGACUUCAUCCUUAAGGCUGUUGGAUGUGCAUUGGCCGACGUGCCGGAGGCUAACUCUGCCUGGUUAGGCGAAGUCAUCAGGACCUACAAGAAGGCCGACAUAUCUGUAGCGGUCGCGACACCUACCGGUCUAAUAACUCCCAUCGUGAAAGACGUCGGUUCGAAAGGUUUGGCUACAAUCUCCGCUGAGACCAAGGCUCUUGCGAAGAAAGCACGCGACGGCAAACUGUCACCCUCUGAGUAUCAAGGCGGUACUUUCACGAUCUCUAACCUUGGCAUGUAUGGUGUCGACCACUUCACCGCUAUCAUCAACCCGCCUCAGUCCUGUAUCCUGGCCGUCGGUUCUACCGAGCCCAAGAUGGUACCUGCUAAUAACGAACGCGGUUUCGAGUUCGUGCGAUCCAUGAAAGUUACAAUGAGCUCUGACCAUCGGACUGUGGACGGUGCCGUCGCUGCCAGAUGGUUGUCUGCUUUCCAGGGCUACAUGGAGAAUCCUUUAACAUUCAUGCUAUGA